AAAAAGAAAACUUGUUAUUGUGUACAUAUUUAUAACAAAGUUAGCACCAUAUCGGGCGGACCAAAACUACCAGACGAAAAGUAAGGCAUGUCACCCAGGGUGCUGAGUUCACACUAAUGCUAGUGACAUUAAAGCUGUGACUGUUUUCGGUCGGUAACUCAAACUGAAAUGCUAACUUUUCGUUGUUUUAUGUUGACUGAGCUGACCAAACAAAACACUCCCUGGACGAGGGCUCAUCCAGAUGAUUAACUGUGACAAUGUCUCCAGACAGUUGCAUAAUUACCUGAAUCUGUUGGAAAACCAUUCAAGUCACGUCUAAUUUCCAUUUAAUAUAAACAGAAAAUUCUUAACGUUCUGAUGAAGUCGCCUAUACUUCAUGUAUAAUUGUAAAAGAUUGGAUGAUAUAUUGGUAUCGGACCAUGAAAGGAAUGUUGGUGAUGGUGAUGUUCUUCAGAGGCGUUUUAUCCCAAAGUGUAUCUACCGAUUUAGAUUUCCUGUGCUCUCUUUCAUCUCCCUGUAAAAAUGGCGCCACAUGCUCUGUGGAAGGGGGCCAAAUCUUUUGUCUCUGCCCUAACGAAUUCACUGGAACAGUGUGCGAACAAGAAAUAGGUCUACAACAGCAUGGAGAAUCAUUACCACUUACCACUAAUUCCGGUGGGCUGAGUAAUAGCCCCGUUGUUGGCGGCUCUGCUAAUCCAGACAUGGGACUUGGUGGUGCAGUCUUCCGACUAGGCGCAGCCGAGCGUAACCCAAAUCCUGACCUUCAAACCAGCCUCGGAAGUAUUGCCGAUUUCAGGAUGACCAAUGUCCGCGAAAGCAGUGGAAAUACUGCAGGAGGUUUAUCUAACCAACGUCCUCAAAACCAGAACAGAGCCGCCUAUAGCAAUCACGUGAUUCAGAACGAUCUUAAAGACACUGUCAUAGUACAUAAUUUUCUGGACGGAAGUCUUCAGCGGAUGCUUAUGGGUUCCCGAAGUCAGCCGGAAAAAGUCGUGGAUCAAGUGAACCAGCUCACAGAAAUGAUCAAUUCACCGAAGACGAUCAAGGACGCGUUUCCUGACCAAAGUCUUGUAGAUGGUAAUGCCGUGGCGGUUGGAUCGACAGGUACAGCCGUCGGGGCAACCUUUAAGGAUCCCACUCAACAAAUGCAUGACCUACCUUCGGCCUUCACUCCGGUCAAAACGAGUCCACCAAAAGAUGAGUUCCUAAUCGAUUUUUCAAAUCACGUGUGUAAAGGACAGUACAGGGAGAAUCUUCUCAACAGCCAGCUGUACUGGGUUGUUGCAAGAGAAAGGAUUAUCGCAAGGAUGCAAUGUCCUCUGGGCACAUUAUUCAGUAACAGUUCAUGUGCUUGCACACACGUGAUCCAAAAGUCCAAAGCUGACAUUUGUAAAGCAGAUCUUAUCAACACCUUUGACUAUGGUAUGGACGAAACAUCGGGAAACAGGUUAGCAUAUUUUGCUAGCCCAGAUCUCACACCUACACUAUCAGAAGGUGUUUUAUGUUUUAAUGGGACACAACAAUUGGGAUACCAGAGAUACAACGGAUACGAUUUCAGGUAUACACUUUAUAUCGUGUUGAGGUUUAGAACUCAGGAACGGGAUAGGGAUGAACUUGUUCCCCUUGUUAACCAACUGUGAAACGGAUAGCUUGACUCAAGAAUUCAUAAAUCCGUCUGUGGCAGUAGUGCUGAACCGAACCAACGACCUAGUAAUCUUCCUAGAAACGGAUAAAGGAUUGACGGUUAAAACAUUCGGAAUAAAGAUGGUUGUUUGGAACACAGUCACACUUCAGUAUGAUGGGCGUGUCUUCACAGCAACGGUAAAUGGUCAAUCGGACUCCACUCCAACAACUGGAAAGAUUUUAACAAGAAAUGCUCCAUUGAUGCUUGGUUACUGUGAACAGUACGGAUAUUUCACGGGAUGCAUUGAUGACAUAUUUAUAUACCCCUGUAUUCCAAAUCAAGUGUAAAUUGCAGGAGUAAAAAGCGUCGUCUGAAUUUGCGACAGAUGGACUGACAGAAGACAUUUUAUUGUUUGCGCCAUGUGACGUAGUUACGGGAAUGGAGUUGAGAUGUUCACCAGCUGUCACGGAAGUAGCGAUGACUCCAUUGUGUGUCUAUAUAGAAUCCUGUGCUAAAUAUCCAUCUGCCUUCAAAAUAAACUUCGCAUUUAACUUUAUAUACGCCCGGGAUCAUUUGACUUGACUAAAAUAGUGUUUACCUGUACAGUUUUGUUUAAGCGCACAUUGUUUUCACUUACGGGGACAUGUAAAUAUUGCAGCUUUGAAAUACUCGUCAUGUUUCGGAUAACAUUUAUAAUACGUAUAUUUAUGUUUUAUCCGUAUUUAGGUCAAGGACUAUUUCAUUGAUUAUAAUGUAAAUACACCACUCAGUAUCACUAAUCAUGGCAUUGGUAGCGUAUUAGAUGAUAAAUUCCACGUAAUAUCUUACCCCUUCAUGCUACUUGUGUAUGAUUGAUAGGUCAGACAAUAGAAAUGGACAACACUAUAAGAAGGCUUUAUAAUGCCAACUUUUAUAUAGGAACAUUAUUUAUCAAGUUUCCCUGUAGUACAUCUUCAGCAAAACAAACAUGGAUCUCUGAUGUGACACCAAUAGUGUCGUCAUAUUUCAUUUACCAUGUUCAUGUUACAUGUAUAAAGGUGCAAAAUAAUUACUUUUGAAAAUUUAACGUUUUUCAGUUCGUAUCCCAGCACUUGUUAAUCUCUCACGUGAAAAAAAAACAACAAUUCAACGUGACUUAGUUGGUAUCCCAGCACGUGUUAAUAUCUCACGUGUUCAAAUAAUCCAACGUGCUUGUGUUCGUACCCCAGCAGUCUAUUAGCCUAUCUUCUAUAUUUGACAUAUUCCACAGUAUAGAACGUAGAAUACGUAGCACGAUCGAGGUCAACGAUUUCGUAUUAAAAUAAAGAUGGGUGUGAGGACGGGGGUGUAUUUCCGAUGUGAACAAUUCACAAUGUGGGCAGAAUAUAUAACUAUAUGAACUUCCGCCAACGCCCACAGAUGCUGUAGAAAUAAAGAACACGUGCUAUUCAAAUAUUGACACAAUAAUAUUAAAUUUAAAAGAUGAUUUCAUAGAUUUAACAAUAAUUUAUAAAAGAGAAUAAAGUAAUAUCCAAUCCUA